GUGCGGCGGCGGCAAGAUGGCGGCGCACGGGGGCUCGGCGGCCUCCGCGGCGCUGAAAGGGUUAAUCCAGCAGUUCACCGCCAUCACGGGUGCCAGUGAAAGCGUGGGAAAACAUAUGCUUGAAGCAUGCAACAACAACCUGGAGAUGGCUGUCACCAUGUUUCUGGAUGGUGGAGGCAUAGCAGAGGAGCCCAGCACCAGCUCUGCAGCAGUGUCUGCAGUUCGGCCACACACCGAGGAUGAAGUACGAGCUCCAAUUCCUCAAAAACAGGAAAUUUUAGUAGAGCCUGAGCCCUUGUUUGGAGCUCCUAAGAGACGCAGACCUGCGCGUUCAAUAUUUGACGGCUUCCGGGAUUUUCAGACAGAAACCAUUCGACAGGAACAGGAGCUACGAAAUGGAGGAGCAGUAGAUAAGAAACUCACUACCCUAGCAGACCUCUUCAGGCCUCCCAUUGAUCUGAUGCACAAAGGCAGCUUUGAGACGGCCAAGGAGUGUGGUCAGAUGCAGAACAAAUGGCUCAUGAUAAACAUUCAGAACGUGCAAGAUUUUGCGUGCCAGUGUCUGAACCGCGACGUGUGGAGCAAUGAGGCUGUGAAGAACAUCAUCAGGGAGCACUUCAUUUUUUGGCAGGUCUAUCACGACAGUGAGGAGGGGCAGAGGUACAUACAGUUUUAUAAAUUAGCAGACUUCCCUUAUGUCUCCAUCCUGGAUCCCAGGACAGGCCAGAAACUAGUGGAGUGGCACCAACUGGACGUGACCUCUUUCUUGGACCAAGUGACCGGGUUCCUGAGUGAGCAUGGGCAGCUGGAUGGGCAUUCUACCAACCCUCCCCAAAAAUGCUCCCGUUCGGAGAGCCUCAUUGAUGCCAGUGAGGACAGCCAGCUGGAAGCUGCUAUCAGAGCUUCGUUACAGGAAACACAUUUUGAUUCCUCACAGGCCAAGCAGGAGAGUCGAUCAGACGAGGAAUCUGAGUCAGAGCUUUUUUCUGGAAGUGAAGAGUUCAUUUCUGUUUGCGGAUCUGAGGAGGAGGAGGAAUCGGAGAAUCCUGCCAAGUUGAGGAAGUCUCCACACAAAGACUUGGGGUACAAAAAAGAGGAAAGCCGGAGGCCUCAGCCUGAGCCCCCUGCAAGGACUGAGCCUGGGACAACAUCAAAUCAUAGGGUACUGCCCUGUAUUGAUGCAGGGGUCGUGGAGGAGCCAGCUGACAAACCUGAAAGUAUGUUGCAGGGCCUAGAUGUGAAUGGACCAAAGGCACAGCUGAUGCUAAGGUAUCCAGAUGGAAAGAGAGAACAAAUUUCACUGCCUGAACAAGCUAAACUUCUGGCUCUUGUGAAACAUGUCCAGUCAAAAGGGUACCCCAACGAACGCUUUGAACUCCUCACCAACUUCCCUCGAAGGAAACUCUCUCACCUGGACUAUGAGAUCACAUUACAGGAGGCAGGCCUGUGUCCUCAAGAGACUGUCUUUGUGCAGGAAAGGAAUUAGCACCGUGGCCUGAGUUCUCCCAGCCUUCCUCCCCUCUCCUCUUUGCCUAGGACACCAACUCGAUAUGCAGUUGAGGGUCAUAGGAUUGCAGUGCUAAAAUCAGGCAGGCAGCUCUCUGGCCCUUCUCUCUCUUCUUCCCUUCUGCUCUAGCGACAGUUGAGCGUGUUCAGAGUUCUGGUUUUGUUCUCAGCUUGAGCCCUUGGGAAGAACAUCUUUCCUUUGUUUUCAUGGAGUGAAGUAGAACAGUGACCUAUGAAUGCAGUGUGCUGGGACUUGGAGUGGCCAUAGUAGACGCACCCUGCUCGCUGCUGUUCUUUAAUCAGUUUCAUUUAAUUUGUAUUUGAAAACACUGUUUGAUAAGGCACUGAGUCACCUCUGUAAAGAGAGAGUGUAAUCUUUAUUACAGUCUUUCGUUUGCUUUGAUUCUCCAUGUGAAGGUUCUCCAUUAACCUUACAGCAUUCUUGAGAUCAUUCACUUAACCUUGCAGUCUGCUGAAACUUACUUUGGAAAGGAGUUCAGGAGCUGUGGCAAGAUUCUCUGCCCCUACCUAAUAGGCUUCUAGGCUGCAUGCAUGCUCUCAUCAUCCUUUAAAUGCUGCCAGUGGAUGCAGGUUUCAUCGUUUUUUUAUGAAAAAAGCAAGGAUCCCCCCUCCAAAAAAAAAAAGAAGACUUGAAAAGCUGUGUCUGCUUUUGCUGCAGUAUCAACUCCUCCCUACAAGGAGGGGGAAAUUCUGUUUUUUCUCCUUUUUACUUGCUUUCAGGAUUUUACAGCUGACAAUAGAAGGUGGCAUGAUUCAGUGAAGACCUUGGGAGUGUGGAAAACGUGGAGUAAACUUGACAAGUAGUUGGCUUUUUCCCCCCCCUCCUUCUGUAUGUCACUGCUGCACCAGGGCUGACUAAUUUGUAAAUUGGUUUUAGAGCACAGACUGCAGUUGGGCAGGACAGCAAGUCCUAGGCAGGGUUCCUGUCAUUAAUUCAAACCAUAAAUAGCCUUGUCAAAACUGUGGAAGGAAUUAGUACUUCAUAGAAGACUUUAUAGCUGGUGGCAGCUCCAGGCUGCUUUUUAUUCUAUUGUAACCUUAAUCUGCUGUCAUUUACCACUGAAUCUGGAAGGAUGUAUUGAAAACUACUCCUUUAUUUGUGCUUUCAUUUCAGCUAUGAAAGCUGGCAGCAGAAUUCAUGCAGGCACAUCCUGUGUGUAUGCCAAGUGCCCUGUUUUCCCAGUGUCUCACCUGGACACUGAGCCGUUGGUACAGUAUAGGUUACAGGAAACAAAAGUCAGUUAACACUGCCAUCUGCAUGAUGGAUGUGCAGUGUGUUUAUUUACAGUUAAGCAUCCAAUUUAAUGUUCUUCGUCAGGGAGGAAAAAGGCAUACGAGUCCUGUAAUUGUUUCUGUAAUUAUCAGGUGGUUCAUACAUGUGACUUCAGUGGUCAGAAGUUUUCUAUAGCCUGAAACUUCUCAAGAUAUUUUUGCAUUUAAUUUCAUACCAGCCUUUGGAGUCUUUAAAUAGAGAAAGCCAUGGACAAUGUUUUGCAUUCCCCAUGGUAUAACAAUACAGUUGUGUAAAUUCAUUUUCCUUCUGCAUUAACGUCUUUGCAUUCUACUGCAAGGUACAGCAUUGUGAAAGCAGAAUCUGAUGGCAUUUUCCUGACCAGUGAGUGAUGUGACAUCAGAUGCCAUGUUUGGUUUGUAAAGAGCUCCUUUCACAGAGGCUGUUUUGCAGCACUAAAAGGUGAAUGAUAAGGCCAGCAGAAUAGUGAGAGUGUUGGUGUUUGGCCUUUGGGGCAGCAGCAGCAGCAUUUCUAGACUGAAAGAUAUCCAUAGAACUUCUAGAAUAUCCACAUUCUUGUCUCACACCUGGGAGUAGAAGAUUAGGGCAGAAGGAAACCCUUCUGUGUAAGUAUGGUACUUAGGUAAUUUCAGCUCUCCAGUUAAAUAUCCUACUCUGAUGUUUAUUACCUUGAAACUUGCUGCCUCUUCUUCAGUGAUUUGCUGCAAGAAGGUGGGCUGCCAACAGGGAACAGCACCUGACAUCAGCGUGAUAUCCUUUCUUGUCCCUCAGACAUGGGAGCAUGUUGACUUUUCUUGUUCUCCUGCCACUCCCUGUAUACAGCAGCCUUUGCACUUUUGCUCUGUCUCUCAAGCUGUGACUGGCUGGCUGCAUCUUGGUACUGGCCAGGGGGGGGUUGCAUCUGCUCUGAGCACAUUGUUCCACAUCAGCUUUCCUAGUAGUGAACUUAAACAUAGAAAAUUGACCCUGUUGUUUCAGUCUUGUGCCUGUUCCAUUGGUAGCUUCUCUUUUGAUCCUUCUCCGCAGUUUUACUAAUGUACUUAGGCUUCAGCAAUUAGAUGUAAAAAAAAUCAACUAAUGGCUGCAUCAGGGAAAGAGGGAAAACUGCACUGCAGGCAGGAGCACGAGCUUCAUUUCUGAUGCUGAAGACCAGCAUGGUCCCAUAUUAUGAGCCUUUCUUUCUGACCCCAUUUUCCACAACUAGGAGCUGUGGAGCUGGCUUUCUUUAAUCUAUGCUUAGCUGUAGGAUCGUGCUGUCAAAUCCAAAACAGGAAGUUCUGGUUUAGCAUCUCAUUGCUUUUGUUAUGCUCAAUCAUCUCGUGCAGAGGAAGCCAAAAGUUGCACUUGGCUGUGGCAAGGUUUUUUCCUGAGCCAUCAAGACUAAAAGUCUUUCGUUUCAUUUCUCGUCUUCUUUCUGUCCCUUGGCUUUUUAUUAGCAAAUAGCAAUUCUUUUAUAACUGAUCAGGAAAUUAAGAAAUGGGGAGAAAAAACAAAACCAUAUUAAAAAUGGGAUUUUUCUUCCCUUUCAGGUAAGGACUCAGAAUUAUUUUGUGGCAGUUCUUAAUGCUUUGUUCUGCUCCAAGAAAUAAUGAGCUGAUCUGUUGUUGAGUUUGUUUGUUUCUCUGGCAUGCUGUGGUUUCUUUUGGUUUUCUUUUGCCUUGACCUGUGAGCUGGAGGCAGAGAGAAGAGGUCUUAAAGAGAUAAGUGUCCCUGUGCACGCCUCUUCUCUCUUUUCAUUCUUCUCCCUUUUUUCCCCCUUAUUCCCACCCCAGUAAAAACAGAGCCACAGCUCACAUCACCCAGCUGUUCUCUGCUGUGAAAGCUGUGAAGAAAAAGCACCAGCCGGGGUACAGCUCCUCAGAUUUUCAUUCAGAGCUCUUUGGAGUUUGGAGAAACGUGUUUUGAUGGCCUGAGGAAUGUGGCUGAACACAUUAACCGAGCUAAGCAUGCGGCAGCUUGUAUCUGGGAAGGUGUAAGCCACCUGGACUCAAUUUAGGAAGAGCCUUGGUCAUGGUUGCUUCUGAAUGUUAAGUUUGAAGCUCAAAUUACUUUUGACAAGGCUGGAAAAAACACCUUAAAUCCUUAAUUGCGGAAUAAGUUGAAGUUGGAAGGACAAAGGAAAUCAUCCCUCAGUGUCUGUGGUUUGUGGUUUCCAGUGUUGUUUGGCCACAGUUUGCAUGGCAAAGGACUGCCACGAGCAGAGGAGACAGUGGAAGGCUUUGUUGGUAGGGAGCUAGAGUGCUUCAAGCUGCAGCUUCUUGCUGCUUGCAAUGAAACCUUCUUUGCAUGUGUUCUUCAUCUAGCUUGUUUUUUUGUUUUGAUUUUUAAUGUCUAACUGGCUUAUUUUUGCUGUCACAACCAGCAUUCAGAAACAGAGCACAACCAGCUGGACCUCGCUUUCUUUGCCUGUUGCUGUCAGCACACUUUUUUUUUUUUUGGCUUCCCACUCUCAGACCUCCAGAGAUCCAGGGAAGGAUUUUGGCUCUUCCUAGCAGUACCUGCUCUCAGCCAGGCUGACCAACCGGCUUCAACCCUGUUGCCUCCUCUGCUGGAGGAAAUAGGGCAUCUGAAGGCUGUGUCACAGGUUGCUGUGUUGUUUUCAUUAGGCUUUGAACCGUGGUCUGAGAUUCUGCACUUCUGACAUUUAUGGACUGAAUAAUGUCAUGCUUCCUGGUGAAAAAUCUGAUAAGCUGACCUUGGUAUUGAAAGAAUGCAUGUGUGUAGCUUGUAAAGCAGAGCUGUCUGCAGAAAGGCAGCAAUUUUCAGACGUAGACAUAAAUGGCGAUUUUGAUUAUGCACCAGCUCACCAAAUUAACUACUUAAUUAACUGAAUCAGUGUCAGUGUACAUGCUCCUCUGCACCAAGUCAUACCAGCUUCCACAUUUCCAGGUGCUGUGGUUUGUAAGCAUGCUGCCAUCAGAAACUGGCAGCUGGUUUUAGCACUUAAUGAGUAAACCUCACUGCUGAUGGGUUCUCACAUAGACUUAGAAAACAUCCAUGCAGCUGUGUGCUUUGCUGUUUGACAUACCCUCUGACUAUUCAAAACUUCUUGCUUGAAGUACAUCUGAGUUAUGGGUAAUGAAAUAGAACAGUUAAUUCUGAGGAUGGGGGCUUUCCUUUCUAGUUCUUUAAAGAAAAAGGCAGCUCCAUGCAGGAGUUCUUUGACGACAGCUGCUGCGCUGCAGAGGGCACCAUGCAUUGCUUGCAGCUCCUGCAGGCAGCAAAUUACAGCUGGUUCUGAGAGCAGGCUCCUUGUCUGCUAGCUGGGAUGCUCUGUCCUGGCUCACUGAGUUUGUUCUCGCUAAGCUGGACCAUUGAGUUGGGUUGCAAGAACUCAAGAGUAACAAGGGCUCCAUCCCUUCUUGUGGGGCAGGAAAUCACAGUGAAGCAUCCCUUCAGCUGCAUUUUGACAGGUGCUGAAGGCUGCAGCAAACAGGCAAGAUGCAUCUGAUGUUUUUCCAAACCAUGUGAGCCUCUGUUAGCUGGCUUCAUGUGGGGAAGUCCCUGUGAGUGGGAGAAUAUGUGUCAUUUAAGGAACUUGAAGUAACAACUCGUUACAGCUUUUUUUCUUGUCGCAGCUUUGUCCUUGUUUAAUCCCUUUUUAAUCAAGCUAGUAGUAAAGAAUGGCUCUUUAUGCCAAAGAGAGGAGAGGUAGCUGAAGUGGAGGUGGAGAGCAAAGUCCGUUGUGAAGAUUGGGUGUGCCUUGUCCAGCUGUUUUUCAGCAGAAAUGAUUUUCUGUAGGUGUCAUAGCUUUUGUCUUAAAGGCAACACAAAGCUCCCAUCUGAGCCCUGCGUUGGCCAUCUCUGUUGUUGGAAAUUCCUUCAGCUGCGUUUGGAGUCAGCCAAACAUUUCAGUGAUGACUGUUAAGGUCUGCUGUAAGGUGACUGUAAGGUGAACUGUAGCCUGUGAGGACAGCUUUGCAGGGGCUGUCUCUGAAAGCGGGAUCUCACUGCUGCCUGCUCCCAAGCCUGAAGGUUAAUGGACUCCCUUUCUGUGGUGUGCUGCAAGAUGACUUUUAAUCUUGUCUCCUCUUGCCCAUGAGGUGCUUAGUGUCUGUCCACUUCCCUAAAUAGAGCCAUAUGUAUAUAUGUGUACACACACACACAUUUGUAAUUGGAGGACGUGGCACUUAACAUCAGUGCCUUGGCUUUCCUCAGUUCUGUCUCCUGUUUGCUGCCGCUAUAUUGUGAGUAGUCACAGAAGUUUGGGAUUUGGUCACUAAUUACUGCGUCUGCAGUACAAGGAAGAGCAAUUCUGUAUCUGCCUGUGAAAGGGUGCUGGGAUUUGAUGGGAUAGGAUAGUUGGGGAAGGCCGUGGAGCAGGGGGACGAGGUGCUAUUUGAUACAGCAGCUCUGUGUGAAACAAAUCUGCAGAGCAUGCCUCGGAGCCGUGGUGUCUGACCAGAGACACCGGGCUGUACAGCAGAUGACUUUCUUAGUGAGGCUGAGUCCUCUCAUGGGUGAACUUAGAGUUUCCAAAUUUGGGCUUCGCCUGCCGGUUUUUACACUAGUCACUUUUUCCUUCAAUGAUGCAACUUCAUGCUGGAGGAGGGAGAGAACUAAUUUGGGUGAUUUCAGCUCACUGUGCUGGGAGGGACCAAACUCAAGGAAACCUCUGAUCUAUAUACACAACUGCUGCAUUUUUUAUAAAUAUAUGUAAAUGUCCUAUUGUAAUAUUUGAUCCUGGAAAUAAAACAAACUGUUUUCACUA